GGGAAAAGGUCAAAGCCAUCAGGUGCACAAUUUAGGGAAAAAAAAGAAGAGGAGAAACGAGCAAAAACUAAAGACCUCUGUAGCUCUCUCUGAUGCCCACCGGAGGGCACCCUCAACUGAGUAUUGACUUUUCCGGACUCCAUUUCCCAUGCACCCCGUACAGACUAAUCACCUGCACAGAGCUGCAGUAGAUUCAUCUUAAUGUUGUGUAGAGGGAAGCAGAAUCAUUCUGAAGUGUUUUCAUCUCGACAACAUGAAGAUCGUUCAGCUUCAGCUCUGUGUGUUCAUCUGUUUUCAAACUGCCGUCUCAGAUCAACUCACUGAUCUGGGAUCAAAUGUGACCAUAAACUGUGAUCUUGAUGAAAAUGAGGUUUAUUGGAUUUUGCUGAAAACACCAGAUCCUCCAAAAGUGAUUCUAUGGUUAAUACCAUCCACGUCAGAACCUUAUUACUUUAAAAAAACACUCAGAAAGAAAUAUUCAGUGCAAUUUAAACACCGUCUGGUUAUUAAUAAUGUGACUGUUGAUGAAUUAGGAGUUUAUUACUGUAUGAACACACACACUCCUCCAAAAUUCAGCAACGGCACCAGUCUGACCUUCACCGCGGUGGAGUUUAUUGAUCAGAAUCAGAAACAAAGUCAGAUUAUUAUCAUCAUAUCUGGACUGAUGAACGGGCUUCUGCUCAUUGUGCUGAUCGGAGUAUUAAAGGUUUUUUUGUUGGAAACAGAAGGUCUGAAGAACGAUCACAACUCUGAUCUACAGCAGACGCGAGUUAUCGAAGAGCAUCAGGACCAGUUACAGGUGAAAUAUUGCAAACCAUCAUUUGAACUCAAAUUUAUUUCUGUCUUGAUCAUUAUUGAGAAUCUUGCUGACUUAUUGUAUUUCAACAAACUUAUUGUUUAGAGUUUGAAAUUAAUUUUGGUUCAGCAACAACUCCCACUGAAGUACUGUUUCCCUCAUUGUU